AUGAAACUGUGUAUAGUAAAUUUUUUACUGCUAACAACAAUAUUUUUUCAUUCAAUAAAUAGUCAACAAUUUAUUGUUGGUUGUUAUUUUACGAAUUGGGCUCAACAUCGACAAGGUCUUGGACGUUUUCUUCCAUCACAUAUUGAUCCAUCAUUAUGUACACAUCUCUAUUAUGCAUUUGCUAAUAUAGAUAUGAUAAAUCGAGGUCCAAGUCCAUUCGAAGUAAACGAUGUUAAACCAUCUCCCGCAACUUCACCUGUUAUCGUCAGUGAACCAGGAAAACUUGUAGUCAAUGGUCGUCUUAAUGGUAAACAAGCAAUAAAAUCACCAGCUCCGCCACCACCAAUGAGCAUGUAUGAACAAUUUAAUAUAUUAAAACAUAAAAAUCCACAAAUGAAAACAUUAUUAUCAUUGGGUGGUGCAAGUGUUAAUGCUACACAGUUUCGAACUAUGUUCGAACCUGAUAAAAUGCGUCGUGAAUUUAUAAGAAAUACAAUAAAAUAUUUACGAAAAUAUAAAUUUGAUGGUUUAGAUUUAGAUUGGGAAUUUCCUGAAACUGAAACAGAUCGUAGAAUUUUUUCUUUACUCGUUCAUGAUUAUCGAUUUGAAUUUCAAAAUGAAGCUUUUACAACAGAUCGUGCACGUCUUUUAUUAACAGCAGCUGUUGCUGCUUAUCGUCCAAAAAUUGAAGCUGGUUAUGAUAUAAAAGAAAUUGCAUCUUAUCUUGAUUAUAUUAAUUUAAUGGCAUAUGAUUAUCAUGGUAGUUGGAAUGCUUAUACAGGUUUCAAUAGUCCACUUUAUCCACGAUCGAGUGAAAAAGGUGAUAAACGUUUACUUAAUCAACAAGCAACAGUUGAUACAUGGAUUGAAGGUGGAUGUCCACCAUCGAAAUUAGUUCUUGGUCUUGGUAUGUAUGGUCGAACAUUUAAAUUAAAACAAAAGAAAAAUGGCGAUACAAAACCUUAUGGACCAGCUAAAGGUGCUGGUCUACCAGGUAAUUUUACGGCUAGUAAUGGAUUUCUUUCCUAUUAUGAAAUAUGUGAUUUAAUUAAAAAACAAAAAUGGCAUACAGAAUAUGAUAAAGAACAACAAGUACCAUUUGCAUAUAAAGAUGAUCAAUGGGUUAGUUUUGAUAAUCAAGAAUCAAUUGAAAAAAAAUGUCAUUAUGUUGCUGAACGACGUUUAGCUGGUGCUAUGAUAUGGUCACUCGAUUUUGAUGAUUUUACUGGUGGGUUUUGUGGCCAAGGAAAAUAUCCAUUAUUAACAACAGUUAAAAAAACAUUAGAUAGUCUUCAAGGACCAACAACACCACAUAGAAUUCAUCGAACAACUCAAACAACAGUAACAAAUCAUGGAUAUUUUUAUUCUCAUUCACUUGUUCUUUUAUUUUUUCCGAUAUUUAUUUAUCAUUUUAUUUGA